AGGCGCUUUAUUGCCACGCUGUUGUCAUACUGUACAUUUGCUGCAAUGAAAUAAGUUUACUCAGGUAGACAGGGACGAGAACAGUCAACUUUUCAAGAAUUGUGGCGUUGCCUCAGCUAUUUCCAUGGAAGAUAUGAACUGGACUUUAAAGAAGUAUGUCAAGCUCAUGAGGAAAGAGACUACUCAGGCAGUGGCCUUAUGGGGAAACCGGGCCCCUGCUCACAGCAUAACUGCCAUGAUGAUAACAGACGAUCAGAAAACUAUUGUCACUGGAAGUUCGGAGGGGCAGAUAUGUCUUUGGCAUUUAUCAAUAGACAUGAAGAUUACAUCCAGAGCUAUUCUAUUUGGUCAUACUGCUGCUAUAACAUGCUUAGCAAGGGCUCGAGAAUUUGAAAAACAACCUUAUGUAGUUAGUGGAUCAGAAAAUGGGGAAAUGUGUGUAUGGAAUGUCAACACUGGCCACUGCAUUGAGAAUGCAAAGCUGCCAUAUAGGCACACCGCAAUCUGUUAUUACCAUUGCUCAUUCCGAAUGACAGGGGAAGGCUGGCUGCUCUGCUGUGGUCACUAUCAAAACAUCCUCAUUGUUGAUGCAAAGACCUUGCAAGUCCUUCAUACCUUCAAGUCCCAGUGUUCAGACUGGAUUUGCUGCAUGUGCAUUGUGCACUCUACCAGAAUUCAAGAAGAUUCAUUAGUUGCAAUAUCUGCUGCUGGAGAGCUAAAAGUAUGGGAUCUCUCGUCAUCUGUGACCAGUAUACAGGAAAAGCUAAAUGUGUAUGAAACCGAAUCCAAAAGUUUGGAGAUGACAAUUUACUGCGCUGUGAGAUUCUGCACGUUCACGGAGAGGUUACUGCUGGUGAUUUGCUCCAGUUCUUGGAAGGUCUACGAUUACUGUGACUUUUCCCUACUGUGCACCGAUGUUUGCAAAAGUGGUCAGAAUUUCUCUGGGGGUGAGUUCCUAGCUGCUAACCGACUUAUCAUCUGGACACAGGAUGGGCACAGCUAUAUCUACCAGCUGCUGAACAGUGGCCUCUCUAAAAGUGUAUGUCCGGUUGACGGAGGAUUACUUAAAGAAACAAUCACCCCUCACUUGCUGUGCUCCACAAGGGUGACAAAAGAGAGCUCUUUAUGCACUAUGGGUUUCAUGAAUGAAAGAAAGGAGCCAUUUUUUAAAAUACUGUAUGCUGGUGAUUUGACUGGGGAACUCAGCUUCUGGCAUAUCCCUGAUGUUCCAGUAACACAGUUUGAUGGAUCUCCAUUGGAGAUACCGCUGAAAGUUAAUGUGACCCUUCAAGAAAUGUUUGAUAGAUAUAAGUCGAUGUCUGAAGGAAUCAUAGAUCAUCUAUGUAACCCCAAUGAAGGUCCUGCCUUUGCCAUGGUCACUGCAUCCCUCUAUAUUCCCAGCCUGGACAAGCUGGUGUGUGGCUGUGAAGAUGGCAGCAUUGUCAUAACAUUUGCAUUGCAUGCUGCCAGAGCCAGACUUCUCCAAGAUCACCCACUAUUAAGAGGUUCUUUACCACAUAAGAUAUUUGGAGGCCAUGACAGCAGUUUGACAAGCUUACUUUACCCACAUGGACGGUCGGAGAAGUAUGAUCCAAGCUGGCUCAUUUCUGGGGAUCAGAAUUCAUCUAUAAUUUGGAGAGACGUUUUCACAGGGGAAAUAUUUCACAAGUUCGUAAUGCAGUCUGGUGCAAUCUUGAAGUUGCUAGUCCCACCUAACGAUUACAAAGUGAAAUUGUUCCAGAGCAUCUACUGUGUGUGUAGUGAUAAUUCAGUGGCAAUACUGAACCUCCAGGAAAAAGCCUGCUUUUUCCAUGCUAGAAAACAUCUAUUUCCAGUAAAAUCUCUAAAAUGGCAUCCAGUGGAAGAAGUCCUAGUUGUUGGUUGUGAAGAUGGUUCCGUAUAUGUAUGGGAGAUUGAAUCAGGGACUUUAGAACGUCAUGAAACAGGUGAAAUGGCAAAAGCGAUCCUUACAGCUUGUGAUGAUUUUGCCACUAAUGUAAAGGACUCCAUGAUGACCACUUUCCAUGAGACUCCACGACACAGUAAAGCAACUUUCAAGUCGUCAAGUUCUAACAAACUUGGAGCCCUCUCUCACAAUCUAAUGCAUCUUCCUGAGAAGUCAUCGAACAAAAUUGCGGAUUCCAGCUGCUCCUCCAGCCCUUUCACUGUUGUGCCGGUGCAAUCUACCUAUAACAUCAGUCUACAUUUACUUCUCUUUGAUCUGGAAAAAGUUUUAAAACUUUUACAGACCUCUCAAGCCAAUGGACUGAAGACAGCAAACUCUUUCCAUAGCUAUGAUGCACUGAAAACUGCCAAAAGUUCCUCUGAAAAAAGACCUUUGACACUAAAAAGAAAUAAAACUGCUGGAUCAUUGUUUCAGAUGGACGGGCCAGUCCCUGAAUCAACCCCUAAAGAAAAUAUCAACCGAUUUCUCGAAGAAGGUAGUGGCAUCAAAAGGCACAAGAAGUUCAAAAGUGCCAAGAAAAACAAGAGCCAGUCUUCAGGAAAAAUAGAUGUUAACAUGGUUACUGAUACUGCGAAACUCCUACUCUCCUGUCUCAUACCUUGGGGUAUAGACAAAGAUUUGGACAAUUUCUGCAUCAGACAUUUGGACAUCCUGAAGCUUCAGGGAUCUGUCACUUUUGGAGUGAUAUCAGGCAUAGAUCACUUGUGCUUGAUGUUACCUGGGUGGAAUCAAAUAAACCAUGACAUGACUGGAGAACAUUCACAUAAUCUAUUGUCAAAGAAAGUGAUUGAACUCUCUGCAAAAUAUUCUCUCGCUGUGCAGAAACAACAAAGCAAAAAGGAACGGCUGGAGAGCUACGCAACAAAUGCAAUAGGUCUUCACAGUCUUCUACACUUCCUAAAAAAGUUAUUAUAUGUCAGUAAAUCACUGAUGAUGGAUUUAAAUUCAAAGUGUAGCAGUCGAUCUGGCAGUCAGGAGAAAAUGGAGUCUACUCGUGGCAAAUGGAAAAGCACAGAACAUUUUGCGUCCUCAUUUCCUGCUUUUUCAGACAUCUUGCAGGAUAAAAAUGGUUCCAGUUUUCCUGAUCCCGAAAAUGUUUUUGUAAUGAAAAUAGUUUCUACUUGGAAGGAUCAAUCAGUCCAGGUAAUAGAGGCAAUGCAAGCAGUUUUGCUAGUGGAACUUAGGAAAUGGAUGGACGCUUUGAGACAAACUAUAAUCACAACUCAACCAGUUUCUGUGGUGGAUUAUUGUAGCCCACAAAAACCAUCAAACAUGGAACAGUCCUACAAUUUUGAACAAUUAUUUCAGGAAACGUCACUUCAAAUUAGAGAGUCCUUAAAAUAUUAUUUUGCAAACUUUCAUAUGUCUUUUACUGAGAAAAGGCUUCUUUCUGGUCACUUUGCCAUACAUCCCAAAUUGGUGAAGUGCUACAGUGAUGGUUGA